AUGUCCAAACUUCACACGGUCAGUUCAGAAGACUUGGAUGCCUUUGUUUCAAGACCUUUGCGGGCCCUGGUCGAGAAGCAUAUUCAGUUUGACGACCCUGCAGAAGAGGCAGAUGCAAAGAUGCCCUUUAUUCUUGAUGCUCAUCCAGCGAUGCAACAUGCUGUUGCCAAAGCGAUGAUGGGGCGGUUGGCAAAAGAGAUGCGCAACUAUGCAGCGAUGCACAACAAGCAGAAGCUUCCGAAGUUGAUUCACAUGGACAUUGACGGAAUUGUCGCUGGGAACAAAGAGUUAUUGGAGAAAGCCUUGGCACAGCUCCGCGAUCUUUUUGAAGGCCUUCAAGCAAUGAAGGUGCACGACGAGACUUUUGUCAGUGCCACCAUCGACCAUCUUCUCAAAGCUGUGGACGCCUGCAGCACAACAGAGGAAAUCAGGGAUCAUCCUGUUGAAAGGCUGCACUUUUGGCUCUUGAGAUAUGCUGGCCAUGAGACAGAGAUGUGGUUCCAACUGCUUUGUGCCUUGAUGGCAGUUGAGCCCCGAAAAGAGUUUUUUAAGGUGGAUGAAAACUUCUUUAUACACCAUAAAUUAUCAUAA